UUACUACGAUGGUGGUAUUGAUACGCAUUAAAGACAGAGAAAGCUAGUGAUGACUAAGAAUUAUAUGUCCGUUCACAAUACACAGUCAAGAUAACCAUGUCGGACUAUGUAUCGGCGUCCGCCAUCAAGGACCUCCUCACCGAGUGCCCAAUAUGUACAGAACACUUUGAUGAGGCCAGACGGACACCUCGUCGUAUGCCCUGCUGUGUACAGUCAAUAUGUCAAGCUUGUCUAGAGACGCACAGCAAAGGACUCCCAAAGUUAACAUGUCCCAUGUGUCGACACCAACAUAACCUGCCAGGUGGUGUGAAGUCUCUGCCCAAAGAGCCUAUCAUCCUAAGAAUCCUGGAUCAUCUGAAGAUUGUGAAGGGUCUCCAUCUGCCUUGUACGCAUUGUCCUGAUGGUAACCCUGCCAUGUCUAGAUGUGAUGACUGUGGCGUCUUCCUGUGCCAAGAAUGUCUAAAUGCUCACAAAAGAGUUAAGUUGAUGCGAGAUCACCAACCUGUCAGUUUUAAGGAAAUGAAAAAACAACCAGGUAAAAGUUUCAAUCGUCACCAUAAGUGUGCACAACACGACCAACCUCUACAGUUCUACUGCUAUACUUGUGAAAAGAUCGUCUGUGUGUCCUGCACUGUAGUGGACCACAAGGAAGGGAACGGACACAACGUUGUAUCCGUGAAUGAAGCACACCGAAAAAAGGCAAAGUCCAUUGACGAUACCUUAGUCAAGCUGAGGCAGAAGGCAGAGGAACUUGAGAGAAUAAAACAAGGUCUGAAGGAAAGACAUUCAAACAUACAGGUGUCAAAACAGGCUGCCGUGGUUGACAUCAACAAAGCCUUUGACGAACUGAUUGAUGAAAUACAGCAGAGGAGAGGCAUUCUGUUGUCAGAUAUUGAAAAGAGAUCCAGCAAGAUUCUGAAGCUGACACAGGAGGAACUGGAUUCCACCAGAAAUAUUCUAGCAAAAGUGACAUCAUCUACCAAGUACACACGACAGAUGCGGAGUAAAGCUGACAUGAUAGAGGAUCUACAAAUGAUGGGGUCUUCAGCUGCCACCUUGAGCGCCAUGUUGGAGAUGUCACCAAAGGCGUCACUUGGAAGAGCUGGUGUCAGCUUUGCUUCAACUUGCUUCAGUAAAAUUACCCCCUUGUUGAAGAUGGCCGGCCUCGUCAAAUCAGUUGUCUUUUCACAAACAGAGACUCCAAAUGGAAAUAAAUCCUUGAAAGAUGCAAUGACUAUUGAACACGAGCAAGUGCCACAAGCUGCAUAUAUGACCGGGCAGCCGUUGGGAGUAAAAGGAUCGCUCGCAUGUGCGGAUCUGGAAUGGGACUCCAGUAUUGCAAGUGACGGACUGACGGUUUCGGGGCCAGUUGUCACCAAUGGCAAACAAGAACAUCUUCCACCAAGGACAGGAUGCCGACUACUUUCAUCUAACAGACUCCUGACAUCAACACCUCUGGUCAUCAGGCCAGGACAGACCAUCAUGUACGGCAUGGAGGUCACAUACUCUGUCAUUACACCAUAUGAUAACAAUACUUUUAUCUUCGAAGCAGCUUUGACUGGCAACCCUGUUGAUGCUUACAAGCAGCAGACAACUGGAUUGAGUGUAUUCUUUGCAACAUGCCCAGCUCAUAAUGGAAUAUGUCUACAGGUGCACUACAACGGACAACGUCUGACAGAUGACAACCUUACACUGAACGAGAGUAGUGCAACUUACAGCCUGGAUUUGGGAUUCGUUCUUGAAGAGGAAACACAUACAGUCCAUGUCCUGGACCUUAGUCAACAGAAACUCGUCACAUCUGUAACUACCUUUCCGUUUGAUAAACCUCUCUGGGUAAUGACUCUUUUUGCACCUUAUCCUAACACCCACUUGACCUGUGAAUUAUCAUCACAGAAAGGAAUCAACAUGCAUGACGCAAUGAAACGCUUGAUCCACGAGUAACUGGAAAACGAGCAGAUUGGCGAUACCAAGCAGAUGAUGCAGACAGAGAAAUAAUACUUCGCCUUGAAAUGUGACCAUUGUAUGCCAGUAAAGCCAUAAUGAAUUGUUAGAUAGGCAUUACUUAGAAGUUGACGGAUGACAAAGUAGACACAAUUUAUGAAUACCAACUUCUUUGAUACUGUAAAGGCGACGUUUCGGUAUAGAUCCUU